AUGACGAUAAAAACUUUGAGACUGAAGGAUCUAGUAGUAGAUAAUGUCAAUGAAUUGAAACAGUUUAAACGGUUACUUAAAUUUAGAUUAAAAGAGCCAAAAAGAAAGAUUAUCAACACAGAAAUAAGUUUAUACAACUUAGAAAAGGUAUUAGACAAGCCUAUACUCUUCAUUAUGUGUCUAAAGAAAACCCCUAUCCCAAGGGUCAGGGGCAUUCCUGAUACAAUUCUAUUAUCCUUGAAUUGUAUAAUCAACAGGAUGGAUGUAAUUAAGUUACUAGGAGAAAUCCAAGUCACAGAGGCAAAGAAUCGUCAAGUCAGAAAAAAACAGCUGCUUGGUCUGAUGCAUAAACCUGUGUUACAGAAAUCUUUAUCAAUGAUAGGUACUAUUGUGGUUCGCCACAUUUCUUUUUUUACAAGAGACAUUGUUUGGUUAAGUGAUCAAUACGGCCGUAUCAUCUUAACAAACACAACAGGUGCCUCCCUACAUACUGUGCCAAAUACAAUGAGUUAUACUGGAGGACACUGUGUAACUAAUGAUGGGGAUCUCAUUUAUAUUGACGGAUACCACAACAUUAACAAGUUAUAUAAAGACAAAAUAACGCAAUAUACUAUAAGAAAGAUAAGAGAACCAUGGAUGGCAGAGUGUGUUUACUAUUCUCCUUCCAGUGCAGAUCUACUGGUUGGGAUGGUGGAGUAUGAUAAGGAUAAUCAUAUAUAUACAGACGCCAAAGUAAUGAGGUUUGAUUACUCAGGAAUAUCAUGUCAUAACAUUGAACACAAUAAAAAGGGUCAGAAACUGUACAAAUUUCCUAAAUAUAUAACCGAGAACCAUAAUGGAGAUGUAAUCGUUUCUGACUUGAACCAUGGUGUAGUAGUGACAAGUCGUACAGGAAGACAUCGUUUCUCUUACACCGGACCUUCAUCGUGGUCACGAAUAUAUCCGCAAGGUGUUUGUGUAGACGCACUGUCACAUCGUUUCUCUUACACAGGACCUUCAUCAUGGUCAAGAAUAUAUCCGCAAGGUGUUUGUGUAGACGCACUAUCACAUAUCCUGGUGUGUGAUGCUAAAAGCAAAACAAUUCAAAUGAUUGACAAAAACGGUAACUUCUUAUCACUGCUGUUCACCGAAGAAAACGAGAUAACAGUAUCAGGGGGUCUGGCGUAUGACAUCAAAAAUCACCUUCUCUAUGUUGGAGCAACCGAUCAUCGCAGCACCGUAUGUGUUUACAGAUACAUACAAAGAAAAGACUAUAUCACUGACGAUUUUAAUCACUAG